AAGCUCUCACGCGGCGCGAAUGAUUUUCAUAUCUUUGUCCUUGCGUAGGCCGCAAUGCCAAGGAGGUGGAGGCCUUUAAAAAUAUAGGUUUACCUUUGGCGUUAUUCCCAUAACAUUCUUCUCUCCAAAUUCAUCCCAUGGAUGAGUUAGAGGAGAAGAAGGGGCAGCAGCUAUUGGUCCAGCUCCUCUCGUGUGCGCGAAACAAUGACGCAGCGCAGCUAGGGCGCCUCCUCCGCGCAGAUCCAGCGCUCGUCCACGCCAAGGAUUACGAUGGCCGCACCGCGCUCCACAUCGCCGCGCUCCACGGCGGCGCCGAUGCCGCCCGGCUGCUCCUCGCCGCUGGCGCCAACGUGAAUGCCACGGAUCGCUGGGGAAACUCGCCCUUGACGGAUGCCGAGGCUGCUGGGUUUGGGAAUUUGGUGAGGCUGAUCCAGGAUUACGGGGGACAACUCCUGACAGGGAAUAGUGGUGUUACUCCUCCCACUCCACGAAACAGGGAUUGGGAGAUUGAUCCAAGCGAGAUUGACUUGCGACACAGCACUUUAAUUGGAAAGGGAUCCUUUGGAGAGAUUCGCAAAGUCGUAUGGAGAGGAACUCCUGUAGCGGCCAAGACAAUUCUACCCUCUCUUUGCAACGACAGAAUGGUGGUCGAGGACUUUCGGUACGAGGUCCAGCUCUUGGUGAAGUUACGACAUCCAAACAUUGUCCAGUUCCUGGGAGCCGUCACAAAGAAACCACCUCUCAUGCUCAUUACAGAGUUCCUCCCAAAGGGUGAUUUGCACAGAGUUUUGAGAGAGAAGAGGGGCUUACAUUCUUCCGUUGCCAUCAACUUCGCGCUGGAUAUUGCACGCGGGAUGGCUUACUUGCAUCGAGGCCCCAACGUUAUCAUACAUAGAGAUCUUAAGCCUCGCAACAUUAUCAUGGACGAAGGAAGCGAGCUCAAGGUGGGUGAUUUCGGCCUGAGCAAGCUUAUACGGGGACAGAAUCCCCACGACUUUUAUAAGUUAACCGGAGAAACAGGGAGUUAUAGAUACAUGGCACCAGAGGUCUUCAAGCACGACAAGUAUGACAAGAGCGUGGAUGUUUUCUCCUUUGGCAUGAUCCUUUACGAGAUGUUUGAGGGAAAUGCCCCAUUCUUCCAUAUGGAACCGUACUCUGCCGCUUCGACUGUAGCAGACGGAGAAAGACCCAGCUUCAAAGCCAAAGGAUACACGGCAGAGAUGAAAGAGUUGAUUGAAAAUUGCUGGCAGGACUCACCAGCGCUGCGACCAUCUUUCCCCACGAUCAUAGAAAGAUUAGAACGAUUGCAAGGAUCGCAACAAGGACAUCACCACCACCACUGGCCAUUCGCUAAGUAGCUGCCAAACACAUUUGUGUUGUUCUAUGAAUCCAAGUAUCCCGAUCAGGACUGGCUACUGCUUAUAAUGUAGAAGAAAUUCAGCAAUAGAUCAGAACAACUCAAGCAAGAUGGUGCAAGCCAUUGUUACCGCGACAUAAA